AUGAAGCGAGGUGACAUGUGCGGCGGGGCCUCCUGUGACAAGAGGUGGGACGGUGUUCACGGCGUGCUGCGAGAAGAGACCAUUUGCUCGUCACCGCUUCUCCAGCCUGUCAUCACAAGAAGCAAUGCUACUUCCCAAACCACGGCCCCCGAGACAUUGAGCCACAGUCUACGGCGGGUAACCUGGGACACCCCAAAUCGACACAGCGUCAGCCGAGAACCGUGCAACAACCUGACGCAUCACCGAAAAUACAAGGGCUCCAACGAGCCGCAUCGCACACCGAGCGCCCCGGCACCGCGACGUUUCGGCUGGGGGGUAACCCUCCCCUCCCCUGAUCCACCGCGCCCGUCCUGCAGGCCCCGUCAACAUACAUGUACAUUUGCAAGGGAGAUCGGCACCGUGCUUCAGGGUCAGACUUUUGGUGGCAGGAGGCAGAACUUUCUGAUGGGGAGAUUGGGGGCCGGACCUCACGGCCGUUACUCGGUCAGAGGGGGAUGCAGAGGGCCAGGGGUCUCAAACCAGAAGGGUGCAGCAUCGAGGUCCCGGCUGGCGGUGUCCGAGAUGGCUUCUAUUGACGAGGUACCACCCGAAAACUGGCUGGUCUGGUCAGGAGUGGUUACCAGCUGCCACAUGGCAGGCUGCGAGAGGGGCUAUGGUCGAGCUGAAUGCACGACUCGACAUGGGGCGGCUGGGCUGGGCUGGGCAGGCACGAUUUACCUUGGACUCAACCGGCUCCCCGACGUCGACGAUCACCAGAAAGGUGCAAGGAGCGGCAUUGGCGCCGGUCCAAUCGCCAACGGCUCCAUUCUAUUUAUCCAACGCACUUGCUCUUGGGUUGAUUUUGGCACCGACAGCUCCGAAGCCCGCGACAGAAAUCCCUGCCCCUCUGACCCCUGGAAACUGAAGGACCGCCGGCGGCCCUCAACACCAAACCUCCUGGUCAAGGCGCACCUUGCUGGGCCUAGCGGAUGCAUUAACACUCCCAAACGUGCCCCUUCAGCCAAUAGAGGAUCACACUCCCUCAGCCCAAAAGGACGCCAUCCCCCACGGCAUCGCCUACAGCUGCUCCCACCGCCCCCAAGCCUCUCCGAACUGGGGCCACCUGGAAUUGCGAGCGCUCCAAGGUGCCCAAAGCGUCUCCUUAGCACCAUCUCAUCUCGUCUCGUUGACGGCCUGCAUCUGACAAGGUGCGGUCGAUGUCAGGUUCAGCUCUCCGCGUUCCGGACAAACCUGGUUCAAAAUACCCAAAUACCCCGUGGCACCCGACAUCUCGUUCACUUAUCAGACCAAAAUCACAACCAGCAAUCUGAGAUUGCCUGCAUCAGCCAUCUGUUGUUCCCGGCAUCCUGCAUCAACCCUCGCUCCCGAGUACUCGGCACUAACACGCAACCCACCCGCGCCCUCGACCUUUCAUCACGGCCGCGACCUUUUUUGGAACGCAUUACGAACCAACAGCUUUCAGACGGGCUUGUUCUUCCAGACGCCCAUCAUUCACAGGGGAUCAUCUUCUCCAUCGCCCGUUUCGGGGUCGACAGCGCCUACCCAGUCAAAUUGUCCAGGGGUCCUUCGUCGCCUUCGUAA